UCCAUCUAUAGCUGCUGCUUCUCUCUCUCUCACACACACACACACACAUCACUUUUGGCCCCGCGGAGCAGUGAUUGAGCACCGGUUGAGCGCAGUCGUCAACCCGGUCACUGGAAAAAAAAGAAAAAAAAAGCUAAAUUGCCCUUCUUUUUUUUUUAAGAAAUGGAAACAUGACGUCGGUGUUUUGGUGAAACGGAAACGCUGCGGUCGCGUUAUUCACUGAGACCGACGAGGACCGCGCGUCUUUUGGCACCGGAGGUGUCGAGCGCUAAAACUUGCUGAGCCGAGAGCUGAGGAAAUCCACCGAGACACCAACUAACACGCUGCAGGACUCAGCGUGUCUCCGUUCACUGUUUUAAUGUAAGUUUUGGGGAGUGCGCCUACGUGCUUAUUUUGCGCCUUUUCAACUGCACCAAUGCUGGGAUGGCUCGUGGCUCUGUGCGUUGUGAUCCUGGCGGUGCUGAUCUGGCCGGGCAAGUGUUUUGGCACCGAGGGUUCACCUGCUGUGCUUCGGAGACUCGGGAUUCCACAGCAGGCGGCGAAGGGGAAGAGGUGCGUCUCAUCGGACCGAGAGCUGAGCGACGGUGUCCAUCGUCACGCGGCCUGUGUGGGCGCUGUGAGCGGCGAGGAAACGCACACCGUGGCGCUCAUCUGCAAACCGUCCGCGCUGGCCAACUAUCUGUUCAAACACUGCAGGACUUUCGGUAAUUACUCGCCGUGUGGCGGCUGGACGUGGCGCGCCAGCGCCUUUCUCCAGAGUGUGUACCAGGCGUGCUGGCCGUACGACAGUCCGAUCCAGUUUGUGCGGGACAACCUGCAGCUGAGCGACGACGGACUGGUGGCCUUGGACUGGGCAGUGCCAUCCUACCAGAGACGGCGCAGGACCUCCAGUCACUCCACGAGUCCCAUUCUUCUCAUCAUCCCAAACUCAUUUGGGAAAAUCACGAGGAAUGUUUUACAGUUGUGUGAGACAGCCCUGUCCCACGGCUACCUGCCGGCCGUCUUCAACCGCCGCAGUCACAACAACACCCCGCUCACCACUGUCAAACUGCAGCAGUUCGGGGACCCCGCGGAUCUGCGCGAGGCCGUGCGCUACAUUCGCCACAGGCAACCCGCGGGGAGACUGUACGCAGUGAGCGAGAGCACGGGGUCCGGCCUUCUCCUGUCUUACCUCGGGGAGUGCGGCUCGUCGAGUUACGUGACGGCGGCUGUGUGCCUGUCUCCCGUGUUCCGCUGCCAGAGCUGGUUUGAGACUGGCUUGUGCUGGCCCCUUCAGUGGGCCUUAGUGCUCUACCAGAAGAUGUGUCUCAGCAGGUACAGGACGGUGCUGGCUGAGACCUUACAGGCUGAUGCUGCGUUUUCUAGUUGUUCCUUGCAUGGCCUGGAGGAGGCGCUGUUCUGUCAGACUGGACAUGCGGGCGCUGCACCAGCAGUGGCAACAGGGACCAGCAGCAGCAGCAGCAACACCUCAGCUACCUGGGAUGCUUAUUGGGAACGCAAUGAACCCUUGAGGGACGUGGACGAGGUGGCAAUUCCUGUCCUGAGUGUUUGCGCUCAGGACGACCCGAUCCGCGGUGACACUCAGUCCACCAUUCCCCUGGAACUCUUCGAGACCAACCCACAUUUUUUUCUCCUCCUGACUGACCGUGGAGGUCACUGUGGUUUCUCCACCCAGUCUGAGCAGAGUGCUGCCGGUGCACCCGGCGCCGCUGCUUCUGCAGCACUGCCGUACAGUGCGACGGGGCACUGCGCGACCAACUGGAGUCACAGAGCUGUGCUGGAAUUCUUCAGGGCGACCACAGACUUCUUCGCUGCCGAGGAGAGAGCAAAGCAGCUCGCCGCCAGGAGGAGGGGGCUGGGAGGAGGUGCGGGGGGCCGGUUUUUCCGACACCGCAGUGUUAGCACAUGUAAAAGAGUGCCGGCAUGUUCCCAUAAUAUCCAUGCCAUUUAUAACUGGCAGCGGUCCUACACGCGAUAAGGGAGCUUAAUGGAAGUAAAUGGACUGACGGACAAGGAUAUCAGUCACGCAGGUCGUUCUCCGCCUGUGUGACACACAAGUACAAAGUCUUACGAUAACCGCGAGUAGAAAAGGGAUAUUGUAAAAAAUACGGGGAUGAUUAAGUGCUUUUAAGUGAGCCAUAAAACACAAGGACUGAAACAACACUUUUCUAGUCCUUCGUGACCUCACGAAGCUCUUUGACACUACAGUUUUGCCAUUGACACCGGUCACUCACACAUUCAUAUUUUCUGUCCCACAUCUUUCACACCCAUUAACGAGCAACGUGAGAUUAAGUGUCUGAGCUGGGACUUGUACCCACAACGGUCCAGUGGAAAGACGACUCACUCCAUCACUGAACCACCGUCGCCCCCAGAUUCCAUCACAGGUUGGAACUUUUUUGGACGUUUAGUGUAGUAUCUGACUGUUCUUCUUUUCUCUUUAAAAGCACUGAAAGCUGGUUUAGAAAGGAAUAAGUCAAAUCCAUUGAAACAUUUCAAAUUUAUUUGAGCUUAAUGUCAAAUGAGCUUUACUAUCUCUUAAAGGUAGGGCUGGAGAUCCUGGAGAAACUGUUAGAGCAGGAUACAUUUUGAAUUCAGACUUCUCUCCGAAGCUGUGUCUCCAGAGCAAAGGAUCCACGAGCGCUGCGCAGCAUCGGUGACUUUUCUCUGUGACGCAAAUCUUUUUGGAUACUUUUGGAUUGAAAAGGUAAUGAUGAAAAAAAAAAAAAAACAACAACAAAUAACAAAG